GACAUUCUCUGACUAGAAUAGCUAGCCUAGCUACCCAAGCUAGUACUGCUAGUACUAGGAUUAUCAACAAACGUAGCACUACAACACAUUGGAUGAUGGACGUAAAUUACCGCCUCAAUAAACUAAUAAGCUGUUAUUCACUAUCAGCAUUCAAAAUAGGCUGUAACGCGUUAACUAGCUAACUGUUUAUAUUAGCUAGUAUAUUAGCUCUAGACUACAUUAUUUAGCUCUCUACAUCAAUGUGACCAAUUUAGCAGCAGGAGCUAGCUAGCCAAUAUUGUUACACCACUACUAGUAAUACAGUAGUAUGCUAUAGAGUAGCCACAUUGGCAAAUGUACAAUGUCUGUGUGCACCUUUGCAUUUGAAGUUCUUACUGCUAAUAAGAGUAAUCCAUAAAAUAAUCAAAUGGCUGGUUUGUCUUCCCGUCGAUUGUCCAUGGGUAUUUGGACAGUAAGUGAACUGUUGGAAGUGGCCACUUUUGGCAACCGGUCAAGUAUAGGUGUGGGAUCAAGGGUACGAAUCUCAUUCGGAAUGAGACAACAAAGCAGAUAUGUGACAUCAUACGGUAUCCUAAUGACCCGGAUUCCCAGAGUUCUCUAUACUUUGGAGUGGAGGACACUUGCUAAUACAAGAAGCAGAACUUUUAUUAGUCUGACCAACAAAAGGAAACAGUACUCUGAACGGAGAAUAAUUGGCUACUCAAUGCAGGAGAUGUACAAUGUGGUAGCUAAUGUGGAUGAGUAUAAGCACUUUGUGCCAUGGUGUAAAAAAUCGGAGACAAUCAUGAAGAGGACCAGUCAUGCAAAAGCCCAGCUAGAAGUGGGUUUCCCCCCUAUGGUUGAGAGAUACACAUCCAUGAUCACCACUGUGCACCCUCACCUUGUUAAGGCUAUAUGUACAGAUGGCAAACUCUUCAACCACUUGGAGACUAUAUGGCGCUUCAGCCCGGGAAUACCAGGGUAUCCCAGAUCCUGCACUGUUGACUUCUCUAUCUCCUUUGAGUUUCGCUCGUUGCUUCACUCCCAGCUAGCUUCAGUGUUCUUUGAUGAAGUUGUCAAGAAAAUGGUGGCAGCCUUUGAGCAGCGAGCUGGCACAAAGUUUGGUCCAGAGACAAAAAUGCCAAGAGAACUCAUGUAACAUGAGGUGCUGUUACUGUGACCUGGAGAUGUCUGGGAUCCUACACAUAGCUCACAAGCCAAAUACAUAUUUUUCAGUUGUAAGGAUUAGGGUUGCAAAAUUUCAGGAAUUUUCAAAGUUGGAAAUUUUCCAGUAUAUCUAGUAUUCUCUUUCACUAAUAUCUAGAAACUCAAGACACUGUGGUCUCAAGAGAAUAAUUGUGAUUGACUUUUUCAGAUUUAUACAUCAAAAAUAACAUGUUUGCCACGCCAUUGUUUUAGGCAUUCAAUGAUUGUCAUGGAAUUGUCAAGAGAAUACAAGUACAUUCCAGACACUGCACAGAGUAAGUUAAUAAAAAAAAUAUUUCACUUAUUUUUUAUUUUCCUUUGUUCACUGUACACACCUUAAGUUUAGAUCUUUCAUCAAUUUUACAAUGAUCUGACAGAAGACCGAAUUCUACAGAACCAGAGAAACCUGAGGUAUGUUAGAACACGAUCAAAUUAAGGAAAGUUAAACAUCUGAACUACAUAUGUAAUCCUACAAAGGGGCAAAAUAUUUUUUAUACAUGUUGAAGAUCAACAAAAUGAAAGACAAGUGUGGUUGCCUUUUUAAAAUGUGAAUAAAACAAUUUGGGGAAGAAGUGUGGUGCCCAGCUGGAGUGUAUAGGAUAAGGUCUGCAGUCUCUGUAUUGAAACAGUAUUACAAAUACAUGAGGCUUUGCACUCC